AGAAGACCUGCUGAAAAAUUUUAUCUGCUGCAUAAAAGAAAAGAAAAGGAAAAAAAGUCUUCAAAGAAGAAAAAAGGCCAAGUAAAUCAUAUCCAAAUAUAAGGUAGCAAAGAUGUGGUGGAAUCCAUCUCCAUGACUGCCGACAAAUCCAAGUCCACAACAUUGGUUGCAGCUUAGAUGUCCACGUGCAUCACGUGGUGGCAGCCCUUGUCACGUGCAAGACCUUCCUCUUUUUGUAUUUUUUUUUUCUCCCUUCUUUUAGAUCCUCCUAGCUUUACUGUUCACUUACUUACAGCCCCCAAUUUAAUCCCCCUAUCAUUCAUCUUUUCUUUUUUCUUUAAUCCUCAAUCCUGAAGAAGGCAAUACCACGAUAGCAUCCAAGCAAAUUACCAAUGCUUAAGAGUUAAAAACAAUCAAUUUUUCAAAAUAAAGAGGCUACUUUUGGUGUCACAUAGAAGGUUUUACUAAAUGAUCCAAAAAAAAAAAAAAAAUCUUUCAAAAAGGAAGAUUAAUUUACUAAAUGAUCAAAUGCCAUUUGAGGUACCAGCAUCUUUCAGAAACCUUUCUUAAGCUGACUUGCUACUUUUUUUUUUUUUCUCCAUUCAAAUCAGCUAGCCGUUUGAAUCUUACCAUUUACGUCUUCUUUUACCUUUGCACAAGCAAGAUUGUGGGGCUCAUUAAGCUGGUUUGACCGCUUGAUGAAUGAUAGCUAUGGAUCGAAAGACCCGCGCAUCAAGUGAGCCCAAUGAUGCCUUAUGGAGCGGGCCCCAGCAGGUGAUUUGCUGUGGCUCUACACCAAGUUUGCUCCAUGAAAAGCUGCACCUGGUCCUUCUAUCUGCGACUGUGCUGCCCAUGCUGAUUGCUAAAAUAAACAAGCAAAUGAUCUUUUGCAGCUAAAGAGCUAUCAUGACCCAUGACCAAAGAGGACCAAGGGGAUCAUGUCCUAUUACUCUCUGUGUCUCCAAGGACUACCAAGCCUUAGAUUCUUCUUCAACUCUCAAAUUAAUUGAUAUUUGGAUUGCUAAGAUGUAACAAGGUGCUAUAAGUGAGCUCCCACUAGGUCUGUAAGUGAUCUAUACCUUGCUUGAUUACAAAAAUGAAUAUGUUAAUGUAACACCAAAGUAGGUACCCUCCUCAAAAGGUCCGUAAACCAACUGAGAAACUCCACAACCAUACCUUCGCCCCAGACAAAAAGGAACCUCCUUUGCAGCUUCACCAAUAAAAAAGAAAUAGACCCAUCACUGAAGCACCUCCUCUUCUCUCUAGAAUACCAAUGCCAUCUGAUUCUAAGCAGAGGGAGAGCCCUCUUCAAACCUCUUCUCCAAUGGCUGAAGCAAAGAGAGGCAGUAAGCCCGUAAAGAGAAGCCAUAAGAGUAAGAGACAAGCAUAUAUGAAGGCGGAGAAGCCGCCUACUUUGAGAGCCUUCAGAAGCUUCUUCUCAUGCAAGGACUACCGAGUAGUAGAAGGUAACAAGAGGAAGUGCAAGAGGAUUGUGUGCUCCGGGUCUCUCUGUAGCUUGAAGGGCAGCUCAGGUGUCGUAAGGCCGGAAGCAACUUCCCCUGAGGUCUAUAAGAAAAUGGCUUCUAGCAGAUGGUUGAAAGCUCCUCCUAAUGAGACCAAUAGAGCUGUUUCCAACUCCUCUUAUUCUUUUAAUUCUUCUGCUUCUAUAACUGCCCCUUCAUCAUCAUCAUCAUCAUUAUCUUCAUCUUCUUCUUCUCUUGGUGGGUCUUUCAGAGGAAAACAUCUGAGAAGGUUCUCUGGUUGUUAUGAGUGUCAUGUGGCCGUUGAUCCUGUUAAUGGGGUGUCAAGGGCCCCUUCUAUGAGGGCUACUAUCUGUCCUUGCCCUGAUUGUGGGGAGAUUUUUAUGAAACCAGAGACUUUGGAGCUUCACCAGGCAGUUAGGCAUGCAGUAUCAGAACUGGGUCCAGAUGACACCAGCCGAAACAUAGUAGAGAUAAUAUUUCAGUCCAGUUGGCUCAAGAAAGAACCUCCAGUGUGCAAGAUAGACAGGAUCCUUAAGGUCCGCAGCACCCAGAAGACCAUAGCUGAAUUCGAAAUCUACAGAGACUCCAUAAAGAGCAGAGCUAACAAGGUGGCAAAAAAGCACCCAAGGUGCAUUGCUGAUGGGAAUGAACUCCUGAGAUUCCACUGCACAACCUUCGCAUGCUCCCUCGGCCUCAGCGGAUCCACCAACCUGUGCCAAUCAGCUCCACAAUGCAAUGUGUGCAGCAUCAUACGAGAUGGGUUCAAGAUGGACAGUCUUGGAAAGAUCCAAACUAUGGCUACCAGUGGAAGGGCGCAUGAUAUGGCUCGGAUUGCAUCGGGCGAUGCAAAGAGGGCUAUGUUGGUCUGCAGAGUUAUUGCAGGGAGAGUGAAGAAGAGCCAAGAUGCUUUGGAGGAAUGCGAUUCAGUCGCCAAUCAGGCAGGAGUUGUUUACUCGAAUUUGGACGAGCUCUUUGUGUUUGAUCCUAAAGCCAUCCUACCUUGUUUUGUUGUUGUUUACAGUGAUUACUAGAGAGAUAUCUCCAUAGAUGACUUGCUUUUCACUGUGUGAUGGUUGGACUUGACAAGCAGGCUUUGUUUAUUUAAUCAACUCCUUAGUGGAAUCUAAUGGAUUGCAUUUUUCCUUCA